UUCUGUGCACAUAGGAGAGAGAUUCCGUGGGGUACCUACUUAUGAAUGAAACUGCUAGAUCGAAAGGAGUUUCUUUCCAUGGCUUCCGAAGAAGUGACCAUCACAGUUCGCCUCAUUCGUUCAUUUGAGCAUCGCAAUUUCAAACCUGUGGUAUAUCACGGAGUUAAUUUGGACCAAACUGUAAAGGAAUUUAUAGUAUUUCUAAAGCAAGAUAUUCCUUUAAGGACCAGCCUGCCACCACCAUUCAGAAAUUAUAAAUAUGAUAAAUUAAAGAUUAUUCAUCAAGCACAUAAAUCAAAGACAAAUGAACUUGUGUUGAGCUUGGAAGAGGAUGACAGACUCCUGAUGAAAGAAGACAGCACUCUGAAGGCAGCUGGAAUCGCUAAUGAAACUGAAAUUGCAUUCUUCUGUGAAGAAGAUUAUAAGAACUACAAAGCUAAUCCCAUUUCAUCCUGGUGACAAGUCAAAGGGGCUUCCUUUUUGUGUACCUAUAUUAAGCUCUUUAUUCCACUAGUAAGUUUUGAAAUUGACAAAUAAACUUUAAAAAUUAAUCCCAGCCUCUGCUGUUUGAAUUAAAAUCUGUGGUAUUUUCUCUCUUUGCAGGUCUCAUUUUUCUUUCUUUCUUGUUGUAAAAUAUUUAUUUAUGAGAAAAUGGUGUAUUUUUUUUGUUAAGUGAAGAAACAGUUAUUCAGAAAUCAUCAUGGAA